UCUCCAAAUCCCGCAUUCAAUAUUACUAUUUCCUAUACCAAUAGAAAAGGAUAUCAACAAGAAAAAGGGAAAAAAAGAAUGAACCCUCAAACUCCAAAAACACUGAAGAAGCGGCUGAAUGACGAGCAAGUGCGGGUGCUAGAAGCCAGCUUCGACGCUGACAAGAAGCUCGAGCCGGAGCGCAAGUUCCAGCUGGCGCGGGACCUCGGGGUCCCGCCCCGCCAGAUUGCCAUCUGGUACCAGAACAAGCGCGCCCGGUGGAAGAACCAGAGCCUCGAGCUGGACCACGGCGUCACCCAGGUCCGGCUCGAGGCCGCGCUCUCCGAGAAAAGAGAGCUCGAGAAGGAAGUAGACAUGCUCCGCGCCGAGCUGAGGCGAGCUCAGGACAUGUUGAUCGCCUUCAGGCAGGCUCAGGCUGGCGAUGGUAGGGUGUCGGCGGUGUCCAGCUGCUGCGACGAGGGCGGCGGCUCGAGCCUUAACGAUGACUCGGCUAACUGGACGAAUGUUGAAGAGCUCUAUGCUUGUUUGAUGCCAAAGGGGCAAACUUGUCCGGUUUCGGAAGUAGUCAAUGAGAGAGAUUAUUGGGUGUAACUUAACUUUGUAUUUUUAGUAUCAUCAUCGCUUUAAUAAAGUGUGAUAAUGUUUAAUUUUAUUUGGAUCAAA